AUGGCUCAAGAUCCGAACGCUCUGCUAUCUCAGGCCAACAAGGCCAUCUCGAGCGCGGGGUCAGGCUUCAGCUUCUUUGGUGGCAAGACAGAAAAGUUCGAGAAUGCAGUAGACCUCUACACUAAAGCUGCCAACGCGUUCCGAAUACAGCAGAAUGGCAUUGAAGCGGGGCGAGCAUAUGAAAAGGCCGCAUCAAUACAAAGAGACAAGCUUAACGAACCCGACGAUAUGGCCAACACCCUUCAAGAUGCCUACAAAUCCUACCGCAAGACCUCCCCGCAAGAUGCCGCCCGAGUCCUUUCCACAGCCAUAGACCACUAUCUCAGCAAGGGCAACUUCCGAAGAGCCGCCACGCAGAAACAAUAUCUCGCAGAGCUGUACGAGGAGAUACAAGAUAACAAAGAAGCGCGCAAAGCCUAUGAGGAUGCUGCGCGGUGGUACGAAGACGACAAUGCCGGUGCCCUAGCCAACAAAUUAUUCUUGAAAGGCGGUGAUUUGGCAGCUUUAGAUGAAGACUACGGCCCUGCCAUACAGCAUUUUGAGCACGUUGCGAAGCAAGCGGUGGGGAACAAUUUGAUGCGAUUCUCGGUCAAGGAUUAUCUAUUAAGGGCUGGAGUUUGCCAUUUGGCGAGCGAUAUUAUUGGAGCCAAGAGAGCGGUUGAACAAUAUAAGGAGCUAGAUCCUGGAUUCGCGCAGACGAGGGAAUGUCAGCUACUGGUUGACUUGAGUGAGGCUGUGGAGCAUGGGGAAGCAGAGGCGUUUGCGGAGAAGCUAUUUAGAUAUGAUCAGUUGAGUCCGCUGAACCCGUGGUUUACGACGAUGCUCCUGAGGAUCAAGAAUAGCAUUGAGCAGCAAGGAGACGACUUUUCUUAG